AUGGCCAACAUCAACGAUACCCCCCUCAUCAAACGCCUCGCCGUCCCCGGCGCCACCGCGCUAAUGGGCUUCCUCUCCGUCUCCUCCCAGAUCCUCUUCUACGUCGCCGACGACUCCCUCGCCCCCGGCCGCCUCACCCGCUCCGAAAACUACACCUACAACGCCCUCCUCUUCUGCCUCUGGUACACCUACUACAAGGCCUGCACCGUCGACCCAGGCCGCUACCCCUUUCCCGAAGCUACCGUCAUCGAGGUCCCCGAGCCAGACGAGUACGGCCUCGUUCGGCGCUGGUGCAAAAAGUGCGCCGCGCCCAAACCGCCUCGCGCGCAUCACUGCCGACACUGCGCGCGUUGCGUCCCUCGCAUGGACCACCACUGCCCCUGGACAGGCAACUGCGUCUCCCUCACAACCUUCCCACACUUCCUCCGCUUCCUCGCCUGGACAAAUUUCUCCCUCUGGUACCUCGCCCACCUCCUCUACGCCCGCUUCGCCGCCAUCUGGGACAACCGCCUCCUGCCAUCCUACCUCGGCCCUUCCCUCCCCAUCCUCGUCCUCCUGACCCUCGACAUGCUCAUCUGCUUCUUCAGCUCCCUCGCCCUCGGCAUCCUCUUCUUCUCCACCGUCCGCGGCUGGGUCCUCAACGAGACCAUGAUCGAAGGCUGGGAAGUCGACCGCCACGCCGCCGUCUGCGACCGCAACCGCAAAGAUGCCGGCGAGUUCUGGUCCAUGAUGGGACCUGAUGGCAAGAAGCUGAGGCUGGAAAAGGUGGAGUUUCCGUAUGAUGUUGGUAUCUAUGCGAAUUUGUCGCAGGCGAUGGGGACCGGGAACCCGUUGCUGUGGUUAUUCCCCUUUUCCGGGAACCCGCGCGUGAGUGAGGAUGGAAGGGGUGUCGGCUGGGAGUGGCCCGAGAACGGGCUGAAUCGCAAGGAAGGCAUGUGGCCGCCGCCAGACCCGGAUAAAGUGCGACGGUCCGCGCAGGGAGGUUGGCCUUUGGUUCGGGAUGCUGAGAGCAUGGUGGUGCCGAGAUACGGGACCAAGGAGGAAGAACUCGAGGCCUUUAGGACGCGGCAGGAUGCGGAUCGGCGGCGGUGGCAGAGUAACCGGUCACGAAUGAUGGAAGAGCUGGAGGAGGUGGACGGCGUAGAGGGCUACGAUAUGAUAGAUAGUGACUCUGAAGAUGGUUCUGAGGAGGGCGCGGAUGGAGAACCCGGUUGGACGAACGCGGAUGGCGAGCGGUUACAGGAUUUUGGCGUAGACGAGGAUGAGGAUAUGACUGACGAUGAGGAUGUACCUCUAGCAGAGCUAUUACGUCGCAGAAAAGUCCUCCAAAAAGACGGAGAGGAGUAA